UAUGGAUGGUGUAUAAGGUUUGAAGGUUAGAAUUUAAUGUAUGUUAUUUUAAUGUUUUGUAGUGGCGUCUUCGUAUUUUCAUGGAUUCGGCCAGCAUUCUUGAAAUGAAUACCAAACUACAAUACCGUCAUAUAGAGCGUCUUAAUAUGACCCCUUUUAAAUGCUGCAUGAACCUUUUAAACCCUAUUGAGGUGAAUUUAAAAUUAUUGAAGGAGAUGGUUCAACGGUGGGUUGGGAGUGAUGUUAAUUUUAGGGUGUGUCAACAAUUGGUUCCUUUGAAUGUUGUGGAUGUCUUCAUGGCCACAGGGUUAGACAUAGGUGGUCUAGACGUUACCUUUGACCAAUGUUUAGUUGGAUUGGUUGGUGACAUGUUUAAUCCCAGAACCACGACAAAGAAGGACUUGAUUCAGAAGUUUCAUUUGAUUGUAGAGGAUGACAACAUAGAGGUGGAUGUGGUGUGUAGGUUAUAUAUUUUAGUUUGUUUAGUUACAUUUGAUUAGAGCAGCGUAUAUUAACUCCAGUCUUCAACCUACCAUGCAAAGAUACCAAAGUUUGUGNAAAACAUUCUACGAAAUUGCUGAGGUAGCAUGUGAGUCAGAACCUGUUUCUAAGGAGUUGGAGAAAGAACUUGAUAUGUUGCGUAAAAAGUUUGGAUGCAGUUCAACGAUGACAAAUAACAUAGUGAGUGAAGGAGGCGAACUGCGUUAUGACAAUGUUGUACCUGCUUCCAUACAACAAAGCAGUGGUGUAAGUGGUGAUUUACUUGUACGUAGUCCUAUAACAGUGAAACGGAAGGGGCGACCUCACACCAACAGGUUAAAGUCAGCCGUUGAGAAACAGACCAAAAAAGGAAAAAGUGUGUCAACUAAAAAGAGUUCAAGAACAUCCAUUGAACAAUGUGGGACAACAUUACCUAACCUAACACAAAGUGAGGAAGACAUGCAAUUUGGAUCCCAAUCUUACCAAUGCUACGAUGUAUCCCAACAAUCCAACAUAGCUCAAUCUGGAUUUAUGUCAUUGUUAAAUGNUGUACACAACAACUAUGAUGACAACAUUGUUUGAUGUAUAUUGUUGGUUGAAUGUGAAAUGAAGUAAUCUUUUUUGUGUUAAGGAAUACCUUUUUUUGUAUCUUGUCGUCAUUGUUAUCACCACUAAUAGUAAUCGAUUACUAGGUGGGUGUAAACGAUUACAACACCAGCGUAGGACUUAAUUGCCCUCUGUGCAACGUAGUGUCCCCACAUCCCCCUUAUAACUUCUCCUGCACUGUCAAUUUAACUGCCCACUACUGCCACUUAACCAUUUGGGAUUUUUUCAACUUGCACAUCACUUCCUACAUAUACGAACCCUACCAUAAUUAUUCUCCAACUAAAAACCCUAACACAACUGCAAUGGGUGAUCGCGCUAAGAAGAAACAAAAGCCAUCUUCUUCCCUUGAGGGUGGACGUCGGCGACAACGCAGUCCGACACCAUCCCCACCACCGUCAUCACCGCACUCAGUGCAUGACCUAUUCUCCACUGAGGAACAAAGAAGAAAUUUGCUAAGCAUUUUGUCAAUCGAGAAGUAUUAGAAAGCAAAUUCUUAGACACGGAGUACUUCGAAGAAUCAAAUUUCCAAUUCUAUCAGAUAUUGUGUGAUGCUGGACUGAAGGAUUUUGUUUGCUUGAGAUAUUCUUUCUACCCAGAAUUAGUGAGAGUGUUUUACAACAACAUGGUCAUUUCUCAAACUGGAGUUAUUUGAACAGAGGUUAAAGGGGUGAAAAUAAAAAUUAGCCCUAAACUCUUUAAUGAGAUUACUUCCCUCCCAUCGAAUGGUGCUCGUUUUGAAGGGCGAAUUGUGGAUGACUUGA